AUGUCCGAAGCAGAUCUUCUUCAACCAGGAAAUAUCGUUCGCGAACGAUGGCAAGUUACUAGUAAGAUAGGUGGUGGAGGCUUUGGUCAGAUCUAUGAAGCGCUUGAUCGUGUUACCAAAGAGAAUGUAGCACUUAAAUUAGAAUCGGCUAAACAGCCUAAACAAGUUUUAAAAAUGGAAGUCACAGUUUUACGACGUUUACAAGGAAAAGAUCAUGUAUGCAAAUUUCUCGGUGGUGGGACAAAUGAAUUAUAUAAUUAUGUUGUGAUGACAUUACAAGGCAAAAAUCUAGCUGAAUUACGUCGUAGUCAAUCACGACAAUGUUUUACUUUAUCAACAUCAUUACGUAUUAGUUUACAAAUUCUUCAAGCUAUUGAAUAUAUACAUUCAAUUGGUUUUCUUCAUCGUGAUGUUAAACCAUCAAAUUUUUCUAUGGGACGUUUACCAACAACAUGUCGAAAAGUUUUUAUGUUAGAUUUUGGUCUUGCUAGAAAAUAUACAAAUGCUGAAGGAAAUGUACGAGCAGCUCGACCACAAGCAGGUUUUCGUGGUACUGUUAGAUAUGCAUCAAUAAAUGCACAUAAAAAUAGGGAAAUGGGUCGACAUGAUGAUCUAUGGAGUUUAUUUUAUAUGCUUAUUGAAUUUAUUACAGGACAAUUACCAUGGAGAAGAAUUAAAGAUAAAGAACAAGUUGGACAAAUGAAAGAUAAAUAUGAUCAUACACAUUUUUUAAAGAGUCUUCCAUCAGAAUUUAAACAAUUUCUUGAACACGUACAAACUUUACGUUAUGAAGAUAAACCAGAUUAUGAUCUAUUACAAAAUUUAUUUCGUACAUCUAUAACUCGUCGAGGUUAUAAAGAACAAGAAUUAUAUGAUUGGGAAAAAGAAGGCAAUGGCAUUGAAGAUGAAAUAAAUCUUAAUCGUCCAUCUGUAUCUUCUCAACAACAACAACAGCAACAAAUAUUAUCAAGUAUCAAUAAUAAACUUUCCGCAGAUAUGACAAAAGCAGUUAUGACUGCUCAACCAACUUUAACAAUUGGUACACGUCAACAAGCAACAGAAGCAGAUAUACUUGAUGAACGUUGGAAAUCAACAAAACAGUCAAGUGCUACAUCUGAUCAUUCACCACGUCGUAGUAUUCCGAAAAGUCUUGAUCGAAAUACUCGUCGAUCAGGUGCUGUCAUUCAAUCUACAAAUUCAACGGAAAAAGAUACAUCUCUCUCGAAAAAACAUCAUCAUCAUCAACCACGUACUCCUCUUACUACAACUCAAAUAUCUGAAUUAUCACAACGUUUAAGACGUCCAAAUACAUCCAAAUCAUCAAUUGGUGAACCUUUAACACCUACAAGUAAAUUAGUUGGAAAAGAAGAUUCACCAGCUAGUGCAUCACAUUCCGAUUCUGGUAAAAUAAGAAAUGGUACACAAAAUCGUUCAUAUCAAUUCAAAACAUCGGAUGCACCUAAUCUUGAUGAACCACUUUCACCUGCACUUAUUAUGUAUGCAUCAUCGAGUGGUAUGGAACAUGGUAAACCACCUAAAACGCCACGUUCAAAUCGAACAGGAAAUAGUCGUAGUGAUGCUGUUGUAGUAACACGGCAAUCAAUGACAACACGUGGUGGUGAUAGUGAAGCUAUAUCUAUGCCAGGAGCAACAUAUGCAAUGAAACUUGGACCUCAAACAGUUAUGUCUCAAUGGAUGAUAUCACUUGAUGAUAAUCUUGAUGAUGAAGGAAGUGAUAAUCAACAUAGUGCAAAAUGGGAAGAUGCACAAGAAAAACUUCAAAGUACAACACAUGAACCAUCACAAUAUCAUCCUGCAGCAUCAUCAUUAUCUUCACCUCCUGUGAAUAAUCCGCUUACUCCGUCCAAUAUGAACAGUCAACAAACAAAAGCAGUUAAUAAUUUACAAUCUCCUGUUGUUUAUGCCACUGUUUUGAAUAGUAAUAUUAAUGCUGGUCGACAACAGCCACAACAACAACCACAACCACAACCACAACAACAGUAUCAUCGACCAUUAUUAAGAAAUGUUGAUGACAAUUUAGGCACAUUGAACAGUUAUGAUGGAAAAGAAAAUAAACAAUUGAUUAAUCAUUCAAAUGAACAAUCAAUACCUGAAACAAUUCCAUUUGAAAGUUAUCGAACAAUCGAUGGUACAAUCAAUAUAUCCUAUCCUAGAAAUAAUAAUAAUAAUUCUGCCGGUGCUAAUCGAUUGUCUGAUGAUGAAAAUGGACAUGAUGGUGAUGUUGAUGAAGAAGAUGAAGAUAAUCAUGAACCAUCGAAACGGAAAUCUAAUGAACAAAGUAGACAAUCAAAUCUAAUGGGUGAUUCUUUUUCUAGAAAUAUAUCUUCAUCUGCAUUCAUUGAUAAUUCGGUGCGAUUGAGCCCGAAUAAUUCAACAGAAUUGAUGAUGACGAUGAAAAGAAAUAGAGAAAAAAAUGAAAUUUUAGAGGAUAAUGUAACGCAUAUAUCAAGAAAUGGUAAAACAGGAUAUGAACAUCGUACGAUUGUUGUUUCAUCUGUAGUUCGACCAAAUUCAUCAAGUUCAUCGAGUUCGUCACCGUCAUUACCUGUUGAGAAACAUCAACAAGUAAAAACUAGGAGAUAUAAUUUUGUUCCCGCUCCAUUUAAUGGAACACGUUUAACAGCUAAAUCAACAGAACAUCUUAAUCGUUCAUUAGCAAACGAUAGUUUUGCAAAUUAUUCGACACCACCAACAACCCCACCAACUGUUCCAUCAUUUCAAUUACCAAUAAAAUCUAAUUCUCCAACAUCAAUACUUAAACAAAAUUUUCAUCAAAAAUAUAUACCAUCAACUAAAUUACAGAGUUCAAACUAUGAUGAAGAUGAACCUGUUGUUAAUACACGAGAUGAAAAUAAUGAUGACUCUAAGAGUGAUGUCCGUUUCUUAAACGGUACUCGUAUAUCAUCAUCAUCAUCGUCAGUAGUUCAACCUCAAUGUGGUGACGAUUUCUAUAAAAAGUUAAUGUUCUAUGAAAAAAAUUCUUCAUUAAAUGAUAAUAAUAAUAAUACUAGUUCAUCCCGUCGAUCAUCAUAUCAACAACCAACUUCUAUACUAUCCACAUCAAGACCUUAUAAUGGUCUUAUGAAUCGCUCAACACAACAAAUUCCUACAGGACCAAAUCUUUCGUCAAAUACAACAGAUCGAAUGUCUCGAAGUAAAUCUUAUAAAGAUUUAUCAGAUCCACCUAUUGCUCAUCCAAUCUACUAUCAUCACCAACAACCACAGCCGCAGCAGCAACAACAACAACAACAACCAUCAUCAUCUUCACAUUCGUCUAAAUAUUAUUCUAAUUAUACAAAUCCAUCAGUUAUUAAUAGUAUGCUAGGUAAUGGAGGUGGACAAACAGAUUAUCAACGACGUCAAACAUCAAUAUUAACUAAUAAUUUUAUGUCCGAUGAUAUAUCUAGUUCAUCAACAGGCCAUUUACCCAAACCUCCGCCUGGCAUACCCAGUCAAAAUGCAAGGCGUCGUCGUUAUAAAGUGGAUAGUUUAACCAUUCGUCAAAAAGAUCGUACUGGUGAUGGCUCAUUAGAACGUUCACCCAUGACUUGA